AUGGACAAGAGUCAAUGUGAAAGCUGUGCAAACAUCCUUUCUUCUCUCCAUUCUGUGAGAUUAGACAACUUCCAGGUGCACACAGGACUCCGCAUUCUCAUUGAGGCCAGCUUGAGAGAAGAGAACAUGCUGUGGCUGGGUUGCAGUUUACUGCUGGCGGCUCUUGCAGCUGUUGCAGCUGCUGAGAAGUUGGUUGGUAGUGCCAAGUGCCAACAAGAUUCUGUGCCAUGGCAAGUCUCCCUCCAGUCAGUGCACCAUGUCUGCAGUGGGGCCCUCGUCAGCCAAGAAUGGGUGUUGUCCUCAGCUCAAUGCAGCAGGAGCAGCCCAGACCACAUGGAGGUCUGGCUUGGCCUACAAGUCCCUGAGACUCCUCCUAAGGAGAAGCAACAGGUCAUUGCUGCUGCCAAGCUGGUCCCUCAUAAGCAGUUCAACAACUACACACUGGACUAUGACAUCAUGCUCAUCAAGCUUGCACAACCAGCUGUCCUGGGUGAGCUUGUGCAGCCCAUCAGUUUGCCCAGCCAAUGUGUCAUAGCUGGGACCCAGUGCCUGGCUUCAGAAUGGAUCAGCAGCAACCGCAGCUGCUCAGGAUCAACAUAUUUUGGGCUUACAGCUGAUGGAACAGACAAGCUUCUAGAGUGCUCCUACCUUCCAGUCACAUCUGAUGCCACGUGCAACAAUGUCUACCCAGGACGGUUCACUGACAGGAUGCUUUGUGCUGGACAGCUGGACAGCAGCCAAGAUGCCUGCAAGGGAGAUGUGGGCAGCCCCCUGGCAUGUGAAGAAGCCCUGCAAGGACUGCUGUCCUGGAAGAAAAGCUGCAGUGAAGAGAACCGGCUGGGGCUGUACACCAAGAUCUGCAUCUUUGAAGACUGGAUCCACUACACAAUUGCCAACAACUGAAGAGCAAUAAAGCCAGAUUGAGCUCUGA